AUGAAGACUCGCAAAGGAAAAUUUGUGGCUGAACUUAUGUCAGCUAGAAAACCUAAGAAUAUUGCUGAUAUUGGUCCCUCCAAACCAUGGAGCAAGGUUGAAAUAAAGAAGAGGAAUGUCAGAGAUGAUUCUGAGCCUGAAGAGGAUGUUGAGGAAGAUGUCCCUGACAUCUCGCCUGCAAAGAAAACUAUUGUUAGGAAGUCUCCUGUUAAAGUACAUGUUGUUCAUUUGGAUAACAUCUCCUUCCAUCUUGAGGAUGGAGCUGCUAAGUGGAAACUUGUGAUUCAGAGAAGGGUAGUUGUGGAAAGGGAAUUGGGAAAAGAUGAUACUGAUGUCAAGGAGGUCAUGGACCUGAUAAAAGUUGUUGGGCUUUUGAAGACUGUUGAUGGGUUCUCUCAAUGCUACGAAGGUUUAGUCAAGGAAUUUAUUGUUAACAUUCCUGAGGAUAUUUUUGAUAAGAACAGCAAGGAGUUCUGCAAGUUAUACGUGAGGGGAGAAUUAGAAGUUACAGACAAUCAGGUCUGUAGGGAGAUUACAGCUAGGCAGGUGAAAGUUUGGCCUAUUAAAAAGCAUCUUCCUGUUGAGAAGUUCACUGUCAAGUAUGCUAUCCUGCAUAAAAUAGGAGCUGCUAACUGGGUCCCUACCAACCAUAUCUCCACCAUUGCUAAUACUCUUAGGAGGUUUAUUUUUGCUGUUAGGACAAAAGUGAAAUUUGACUAUGGUAAUUUUAUGUUUGAUCAAAUCAUCAAGCAUGCAACUACUAAUGCAAUUAAGCUGCCAAUUGCUUUUCCCUCUAUGAUCUGUAGAAUUAUCUUGAAUCAACAUCCGGGUAUUCUGUGCUCAAAUGAUUUACCUAGUAGAAGAAAACCAACUUUGUCUGUGCACUACAAACUCUUUGAAGGCAGUCAUGUCGAGGAUAUUGUCAUGACAUCUUCCAUAAAGAGGCCAGUCUCAAAACUUGGAGAAAUUGCUGAGCUUAAGGAGACAUGCAAAGAGCUAGGUGAAGGGAUUAGGGUAGCCACAGCUAGAAAACAAUCUUUGGAAGCCUUGGUUGCAAGCUUGGAGCAGGAUGAGGGUGAAAAUGUUGAACAUGCUAAUGUCAUCCAUGAAGAAGAAGCUGAAGCUCACACCUCUAGUGAGAGGUCUGCUAACAAUGAUGAUGCAAGUGGCAAUUCUGCUUCUGGUGCUGAUGAAGAGGCUGCAAACUCAAGCUCUACUGAGUAG